GUGUCCUUUGAGUCGGGGAUGGAUCUAAAAAUUUAUAUUAGAAGAGACAAAUUUAUCUAGAGGGAAUUUUUUUUUUAUAAUUUUAGUAGGAUAAUUUUAAAAUUUUAUGAAUAUAAAUGUAAAAAUAUAUAAAUUUAGGAGUGUAAAAUAGAAUAACAACUUGUUUUAAGCCGUGGGUGACCCUUCAGAAUAUAUAUAUAUAUAUAUAUAUAUAUAUAUAUAAAGUAUAUUUUUAUUUUAUUAUUAUUAUUUGGAGUGGUAGCACUUUUCACAAAACCAUAAUAUUAUCCAAAUCAUGAAAAAGUUAUCACAAAUUUUUCGUCUAGAAUAAACUAAGAAAUGUUAUCACAAAACAAGCAAUAAAUCAUCUCUAUUAUAUCAUCCGAGAAAAAACAUACUUGAAGAAAGCAACUAUUAAUGGGAUUUAUGAUUUUCAUUGUAAUUAUCUUGUGCUAAUCCUCUUGGAAACCGUUGGCUUUUGUAAAUAUAGCACAUACCUUAUAUAUAUAUAGUUUCAUAUAUAGGAUUUAUAUAACUAUAUAUAGUACAUAUAGGUGUAUAUGUACGCUGAAAAAUGGAGAAGCCUGGUUUUGCUUGAAGGCUCUGAUGCAUAUGCACAGGGAGGAGGAAUAGUUGAAGAAAAUUGAAAUAUGUAAUUGAAGCCCAGAAGAGGACUGAGGGAUUGUCUUCUCCCUCUCUCUUUGCGCCUUCACAGAAGAUUAAUGGCUUCAUUGAAAUUAAUUCUUCUCUCAUUUCUUUUCAUUGUCUUCAACUUUUCUCCUAUUUGUGUUCAUGCCCACGAACCCCAGGGCUUUCAAGCUCACGUCAGCUUCCCUCUGGUUAAUAAUUGCAGUAAAACAUGUUUAUCAGAAUUUUGCACAGUGCCUCCACUUCUACGAUAUGGGAAAUACUGUGGAGUUUUGUAUACCGGGUGCGCAGGGGAGAAACCAUGUGAUGGCCUUGACGCUUGUUGUAUGGAGCAUGAUAACUGCAUAGCAAUUAAAAAACAGGAGUAUCUAAGCCAAGAGUGCAGCCUGAACUUCCUAAAGUGUGUAGCUAAGACGGAGAAAGAAAAAGGCCCAACAUUUGAAGGGAACAAAUGCUCAGUUGAAGAGGUCACUAAACUCAUCAUAUAUGUCAUGGAUGCUGCUUUGCUUGCUGGAAGAUACCUCCAUAAGCCUUGAUUUCCCUUUUUAUACUAAACCAAGCAUUCGAGUGGUCCGUGAAAUGUCAUAUUUUUCUGAUCUACAGGCUGGGCGAAGCUAUCAUCAUUGCCUGAUCAAUUCUCGGGUUGGGAUGGUUUCAGAAAUUGAAGCCCACCCAGACCUGGUCUACCUCAAUGAUACAUUGUUAAGUACCUAUCUGCCAUUAUCUAUAACAAAGUCGAUAAAACACACAACUUUUUUGUAUCUAUGUUGUGCUUUUAGUAAUAAGAUAGUAAUAGAAAAUGAUUUUCGCA